AUGCCUCCUCCGGAGCCCAUGCCCGGUUACGGGGAGCUGCUCCGCCGGGGUUACGGCAGCUUGGUCGGGGCCGCCCGAGGCUGCGGGGAUUGCGGCUGGGAGCUGGCUCGCCGUACCUGGGAGGAGAACGCGCACCUGGGCUGGGCGGAGGUGCUGCUGUGCGGGAUCUGCGCUCUGGGCUGGACCGCGCUGCGCCGCGCUUGCUGCCGCCGCCUCUUUGGGCCCUUUGGGGAAUGGUGCAACCUGCAGCCCAAAGAUGCUGCCAAGAUGCCCGAGAGUGCCUGGAAGUUGCUUUUCUACUCCUUGUCCUGGUCCUACGGCGCCUACCUGCUCUUCUGCACCGACUACCCCUUCUUCCACGACCCCCCCUCUGUCUUCUAUGACUGGAAGCAGGGCAUGGAGGUGCCCACGGACAUCGCCGUCGCCUACCUGCUGCAGUGCAGCUUCUACGGGCACUCGCUGUACGCCACCGCCUACAUGGACACGUGGCGCAAGGACUCGCUGGUGAUGCUGCUGCACCACGUGGUCGCGCUGACCCUCAUCGCCUCCUCCUACGCCUUCAGGUACCACAACGUGGGUAUCCUGGUGCUGUUCCUGCACGAUGUCAAUGAUGUGCAGCUGGAGUUCACCAAGCUCAACGUUUACUUCAAGCACCGCGGCGGCGUCUACCACCGCCUCAACGACGUCGUGUCCAACGUCGGCUGCCUGGCCUUCAGCAUCAGCUGGUUCUGGUUCCGUCUCUACUGGUUCCCACUGAAGGUUCUGUACGCCACCUGCCACUCCAGCCUGCAGUCCGUGCCCAACAUCCCCUUCUACUUCUUCUUCAACGCCCUGCUGCUCGUGCUCACCCUCAUGAACAUCUACUGGUUCCUGUACAUCGUGCUGUUCGUGGCCAAGGUGCUGCUGGGGCAGAUGAAGGAGGUGAACGAUGUCCGUGAGUACGACAUGGAGGAGAGCAGGAAACCCGGGAAGGAGCCUGAGAUCCGAGUGCCCCGGGCUCUGAAGGAAGGGCUGCGCCUCAAGAACGGCCUCGUGAAGGACAAGAGGUUGUGA